UCAAAAAGACAAUGGAAAGUUCUUUUCUCGAUGUUCUGCGCGUGCGUAGUUCACCGCUGGCGCGGAGGAGUGAGCCGGUGCGGUUGGACUGUGCUGGAGGCGGAGCGGAAGGAGAAGGACGAAGAUGGACGAGCUCCAGACCGGCGAGGAGACUUCAUUUAUUGUGGAUGAAGUCAGCAACAUCAUAAAAGAGGCUAUAGAAGGCACAAUAGGUGGCAAUGCAUAUUUGCACAGCAAAGUGAACCAAUGGACUACCAAUGUUGUAGAGCAAAUUCUAAGUCAGCUGACAAAGCUGGGGAAACCUUUUAAAUAUGUUGUGACAUGUGUGAUUAUGCAAAAGAAUGGUGCUGGACUUCACACAGCAAGCUCUUGUUUCUGGGACAACUCUGCUGAUGGAACCUGCACUGUGAGAUGGGAGAACAAGACCAUGUACUGUAUUGUUAGUGCCUUUGGACUUGCAAUCUGAUUGCCUUGGAAUUCUUCAAUCUGACUCAUCACUUCCAUUUCAUAGUUCACUAAAACUGUGAAUUCACUGAACUUUCGGUUUAAAGAGCUUUUCCUUCCCAUGUGAGAAUGGGAGAGAAAGUUGUAUGUGGCUAUACAAAUACAUCAUUCCUUCCCCAUAUCAAUUCAUUCUGUCUUAACACUUUAAAGACUCUUUCUCAAGGUGCUAAAACCUGAAACCUGCUGCAGUUCUUCAGCUUUACUCCACCAAGUUUGAAGAUUUAAUUUUUCACAAUUUUUUUGUUAUUAAAUUAUUGAAAUUCUGAA